AUUUACGUUUCAGAGGCGCUAGGCUUAAUCUGGGCCGUAAGAUCUCACGAUCCUACGGUCCAGGUGAGAUCUUACGGCCCAGAUCGUUAUUUUGAUAACAUUGGUGUGGGAAGCGUUUUGAUAUUAUGAAGAUCGCGCAGACUUGGGGAAUCUCCUUGUUGACCAUCGUAAGACUAGCAGUGCAUUCUCUUCUUCAUCUCUCCUUGAAGAAAAGAUCAGAUUGGUGAUAGCUUAUGAACUAGUUUUCAUCUCUCGACGUGUAACACAUGCUUGUCCUGUGUUCAUCAAACUAAAUGACUAUAACGAAUCAGAAGGAAAGGGUCUUGUAGGAACAGUGUUCGAGUCGCUGUGAUUGACUGGGAAACCGUUCUCCUCCUCUGCGAUUAUUCCAGCGUGGAGGAACUCGUCAAACAAAAGCUUAAGUUUGGGGUCUUCUCCAGCUAAAACUAAACGCCUGUUUCCUCCCUGCAGUAGUUCUUCCCCGGCUCUAAUUGCCGCUAUGUACUUUGAGAAGCAGAACCCCACAGGAGUGCAACGCAAGAGGAGAUUCUCCUCCUGCAUCCCCUGCUUCCUCGGCUCUCCCGUCUCCGACUCCGACGCGUCGCAGCGGCCGCCCGCCGACGCCCGGUCCGGGCGCAGGCACUCGGCGUGGUACUCACGUUGCAGGCUUCGGAAGGAGGAGGAGAUGACGGAGACCGCCCAGCUCGACGCUUCUGCCAGAGCCGCGGCCGACGCUAAGGUGACUACUGCGGCCAAAGACAGCCUAUCCAAGAAGUCUUCUGCCAAGGAUCGAAGAGACAGCAUCGAGCAACAACAAGAACAAGCUUUGAGGCGUCACACAAAUCCCCGUUCUCAGCACACAAGUCUUCCCAGUAUCUCGCCCAAAUACAAUGCUCGUAGAGCACCAAUUCCGCGUUCGACCCGAACCAAGUCCAAAGGCAACGAACCCGUGACAGCCGAGCACAUUCCCGGUACCUCCUCCGAUGACUCGGCUCGAGCCGCCGCCGCGCUUGAGCCAUUUGUCGGCGUAGGGGUCAUGGUGGUUAUAUUGGCCGUCUUGGUCUUCUCCGGCCGAGCCGCCGCCGUCGUCUACUUGUGUUGUUCCUUGUUCAUAUUGCAUCUCUCGAGGGUGAUGUCGACGAGACCAGCAGCAGCUCAUGAUGAGAUCGCAUCGAGAGAGGUUGAUAUGGACUCUGAUGAGUACAAGAAGAGGGUGAUCUUAGGGGGUUUGCUACAGCGUGACGGUCGAAGAUCAUCGAGCACUAUCAUUCUCGACAAUACUUGAGUUUGUAUGAAUUUUGUUUUAAGAUUUAUUCUACCAUACUAAUUGUAGCAUCGAAACAUACAUUGAAAUCAAAAUAAAAUGCAUGCAAAUUUGCACUUUAAGA